AUGGCCUUGAAGAAUAUGCCAAAUUUUGAGAUGUGGUGGGAUAGGAAUGAGGUGCAAGGAGAGCAAGUAAUAUUUCCUUCGCUUGAGCAACUGAAAGUUAUUGGUUGCCCAGAGUUGACUACUUUUCCUGAAGCACCGAAGCUAAGAGAAGUAGAACUAUCCAACUGUAGACAGCAAGCAUGCCUACAGGCUGGUAGCAGAUAUAUUACUUCAUUGUCCAGUCUGGAGGUAAAGGCACCAAAUAAAGAAGAAAAUUCUGCCGAACUGGAGGUAGUACGUGAGCAUAAAUCCCCCCUGAGAGAUCUGUACUUAAGAGGGUGUGACCUUUUCUUCUCUGGCUCGAGUGCACUGGCGCUAUGGAAAUGUUUUGGACAGCUAGCAACUUUGAAAAUUGCUGAGUGCGAUGCUCUAGUCUACUGGCCAGAGAAAUUGUUCCAGGGCCUAGUAUCCUUGAGGACGUUAGAGAUUCUCAUGUGCAACAAACUGACAGGACUCACGGAAGAUGAAGCUUCUCAUAAACAAUCUGCUCUCGUACAACGGAGUGGAACCCUCCUGCCACGUCUGGACUUCCUAGUGAUAUGUGGCUGCGAAUCUUUGGUACAGGUCCCAAACCUAUCGACAUCUCUCAAGAAGUUACUUAUUUGGGGGUGCAAGAGUAUCAAAUCCAUUGCAUUCGGUGAGCAGCAGGACACGACGGGGCUGGAAACGUCAUCAUCAUUGAUUGCUGCAGGGUCGUCCUCGUCCAGCAAUGAGGAUGAAUCCACGGUGUCUACAGCUGUAGUACUGAAGCCGGUGUCAUCAUCAUCAGCCAGCAGUAAUCAUUGCUUCUUUCCAUGCCUUGAAUUUCUAGAGAUAAAUGACUGCAGUGGCUUGACAGAGGUUGCCAACCUUCCUCCGUCUAUCAAGACCUUGGAGAUUUGGGGUUGCGGCAGUCUUGUUUCCGUGUCAGGAGAGGUCACGUCGCUGGAAGUACUCCAGAUUCGUGAGUGUGGAUGCCUGCAAUCCUUACCGAAUGGACCUCAUCAAGUAUACUCAUCUCUCAUAGUUCUUAGGAUUGAACGCUGUAGUGGUAUAAAGCAGCUUCUAUCGAGCCUACAGCAAUGUUUGGGUCACCUCGAGAAGAAAAAUCUAGACCCCCAUCUUCUUCAAGAGCAAGUGGAGCUUGAUUCCAAACCAGAGUCCAUGUCCGAUAGAGCAUCUACAUCUGUAGUACUGAAGCAGUCAUCAUCAACCGGCAGUAACUAUUGCUUCUUUCCAUGCCUAGAAUCUCUAGAGAUAUAUCAUUGCGGUGGCUUGACAGAGGUUGUCAACCUUCCACCGUCCGUCAAGACCUUGAACAUUUGGGGUUGCGGCAGUCUUGUUUCCGUGUCAGGUGAGGUCACGUCGCUGGAAGAACUCCAGAUUUAUGACUGUGGAUGCCUGCAAUCCUUACCGAAUGGACCUCAUCAAGUAUACUCAUCUCUCAGAGUUCUUAUCAUUAAUCGAUGUCCUGGUAUAAAGCAGCUUCUAGCGAGCCUACAGCAAUGUUUGGGUCACCUCGAGAAGAAAAAUCUAGACCCCCAUCUUCUUCAAGAGCAAGUGGAGCUUGAUUCCAAACCAGAGUCCAUGUCCGAUGGAGCAUCUACAUCUGUAGUACUGAAGCAGUCAUCAUCAACCGGCAGUAACCAUUGCUUCUUUCCAUGCCUAGAAUCUCUAGAGAUAUGCAGCUGCGGUGGCUUGACAGAGGUUGCCAACCUUCCUCCGUCCAUCAAGACUUUGAAAAUUGCUGAGUGCGAUGAUCUAGUCUACUGGCCAGAGAAAUUGUUCCAGGGCCUAGUAUCCUUGAGGACGUUAGAGAUUCGUGAGUGCAACAAACUGACAGGACUCACGGAAGAUGAAGCUUCUCAUGAGCAAUCUGCUCUCGUGCAACGGAGUGGAACCCUCCUGCCACUUCUGGAGUCCCUAGAGAUACGUGGCUGCUUAUAUUUGGUACAGGUCCCAAAGCUAUCGACAUCUCUCAAGACGUUACUUAUUGUGAAGUGCAAGAGUCUCAAAUCCAUUGCAUUCGGUGAGCAACAGGACACGACGGGGCUGGAAACGUCAUCACCAUUGAUCGCUGCAGGGUCGUCCUCGUCCAGCAAUGAGGAUGAAUCCACGCUGUCUACAGCUGUAGUACUGAAGCCGGUGUCAUCAUCAUCAUCCAGCAGUAAUCAUUGCUUCUUUCCACGCCUACAAUCUCUAGAGAUAUUUUGGUGUGAUGGCUUGACAGAGGUUGCCAACCUUCCUCCGUCCAUCAAGACCUUGAACAUUGAGUAUUGUGGCAGUCUUGUUUCCCUGUCAGGAGAGGUCCCGUCGCUGGAAGAACUCAAUGUUUGGUCUUGCCCAAGCCUGGAAUCCUUACCGAAUGGGCCUGCUCAUCAAGCAUACUCAUCUCUCAGAGUUCUUAUCAUUACUGAAUGUCCUGGUAUAAAGCAGCUUCCACCGAGCCUACAGCAACGUCUGGAUCACCUCGAGGAGAAAACUCUAGACCCCCAUCUUCUUCAAGGGCUUGCAGAGCCGGUGUCUACAGGGAGAAUUGCAGCAUUAAUGAGUAAGCUGGAGUGCUUCAGAUUGAGAAGUGAGGACUAG